AUGUCUCCCAAGAUCCAUAUCGUGCGCCAUGCGCAAGGAGAACACAACGCGACCCGCAAUUACAGCAUUCGCGACGCUGUGCUGACAGAAAAAGGCAAAGAACAAUGUCGCGCGCUUAGCUCGGCAUUCCAACAUCAUGAGGAAAUAGACAUAGUAUUUGCGUCGCCGCUACGACGAACGAUCCAGACCGCCUCGCUGAGUUUUGGCCCUGUGCUCGCACGGAAAGAGGUGCCGUUCGUGCUGUUGCCAGCCUUGCAAGAGGUCAGCAAUAUUGGCUGUGAUGUCGGAAUUGCAGAUACUGCAGAUGAAGUGCACGCAUUUCUACCGAAGCUGUUUGCAGAAGGUGAACUUGACUUUGACAUCAGCAAAGUUGAUGCAUCAGCGGUGACAGCGGGCUGGAACUCCAAGGAAGACUAUUGGGCGUACGAGAAGCGCGCCAUCUCGAAGCGCGCUUCUGAUCUCAGGAACUGGCUGUACCAAAGGCCCGAAGCGCAGGUCCUGGUAGUCACCCAUGGCGCAUUCGCACACUUCCUCACCGAGGACUGGGAAGUCGAAGAUCCCAUGGUGGGCACAGCGUGGAAGAAUUGUGAACAUCGCGUGUUUACCUUCACACCUGAGUCGACAGCGGAAGACGCCCACGUGGGUGAGACCUGGGAGAGCAGGCGAAGCAGAGGUGCCCAAGAAGUCGAAAAGGAUCCGCAUGUAGUGGAUGAGUUUCUCAAGACGGCGGCGUAG